AUGGCGGGCCCUACAACAACCACGGCCUCAUUCCCCGAUCUCCUCGAUGUAAUCGUCGUCGGUGCCGGGCCCUGCGGCCUGGCCGUCGCAGCGCGCUUGAACGAAGAGACCCCCUCCGCCAUGUUCACGGACGAAGAGCAUCAACGAUACCACUGGAUCAACAAACACCGCGGCCGAAUGGCCCUUGUGCGCUCACACCAUCGGAAGAUGAAGGGAGUCAAGGCCGAGAAAUGGCAGGGUUUCGAUUCCCGGCGCGCGAGUCAAUCCCAUCAUCCCUCUGCCUCGUCAUUAUCGUCCUCGCCCCCGCCGUUGUCGUCUUCGCCGACAUCGUCCGUAUCUGACAUCGACUUCGAAGAUGAGAGUCAGCACAAGGAAGGCGCCUUGUCGAUGAUGGUGCUGGAUAGCACGGGUGAUAGAUGGAUGGAGAGAUGGAACCGGGCGUUCAAGACCCUGGAGAUCGAGCAGCUCCGGAGUCCCAUGUUCUUUCAUGUCGAUCCGAGUGAUCGGGACGGUAUGUUGGCGUAUGCGCAGGAGACGGGCCGGGAGAGAGAUCUCUGGGAGAUUUCCGGUUGCGUGGGGAAAGAGUUGAGCAAGCAUAAGAAAAAAAAGAAGUUACAGACGAAGUCCCAGGUUAUCGGAGAAGCGGAGAUCGAUGAACGAGAUCGAAAAGACUACUUCUCUCCGUCAACGGGCCUCUUUUCCGAUUACUGUUCUAGCAUCGCAUCGCGGUACGGACUCGACAAUCCCGGCAGGAUCUCGCAGUGCGAGGUGGAGGAUCUCCAAUACGACGUCCACCCGGAGUUGUCGCCAUCUGACAAAAUAUUCACGGUGACUACGACCGACGGAACGAAGCUCUAUAGUAAAGCAGUAGUACUGGCCAUCGGACCCGGUCGAACGAAAAUCUUUCCGUUCAAAUUGACGAAAGAAGAGGAGCACGGGGCCUGCCACAGCGCGGAAAUCCGGACCUUCCCCAGUCCCAACGUCAGGCAGAAGAUCCAGCAACGGCAGCAGACUAACCUGGUCGUCGUGGGCGGAGGCCUUUCCUCCGCGCAGAUAGUGGAUAUGGCCCUUCGCAAGGGGGUCAGCAAAGUGUGGUUGCUCAUGCGAUCAGAUUUCAAAGUCAAACAUUUCGACAUCAGCCUGUCCUGGAUGGGCAAGUUCCGCAACUACGAAAAGGCCGCGUUCUGGUCGGCCGACACGGACGAGGAGCGGCUGGAGAUGAUCCAGGCGGCGCGCAACGGAGGCAGCAUCACGCCGCGGUACACGAAGAUCCUGAAGCAGCAUGCAGCGCGCCACCGGGUCUACAUCCAUCCACGCACGGUGAUCAGCGGCCGAGAGUUCUGCACCGCCUCGCAAACCUGGCGUCUCACCACCGAUCCACCCAUUCCGGACCUCCCUCGCAUCGACUACAUCUACUUCGCGACGGGCAUGCGGGCGGACGUCACGGAGCUUCCGCUGCUGCAACGCAUGAACCGCGAGUACCCGAUCGAGAGCAAACAGGGAUUCCCAUGUAUCACGGAGGACCUGAUGUGGAAGACCGACGUUCCGCUGUUCUUGACGGGACGCCUUGCUGCGCUCCGUUUGGGACCAGGUGCCCCCAACCUGGAGGGAGCGAGGCUGGGAGCCGAGAGAAUAGCAUGGGGGAUGGAGGAGGUGCUGGGACGGAAGGAAUCCGAAGAGAACAACGAGGCCGAGCGGUCGAAGGAAUGUUUCUGUGGCUUGGGGAACCGAUACGCUGAGUUGGGCGAAGUGAGUUGGUAG